CGCAAACUCGCGUCGAUCUGCUCCUGUACUCUGUACCGUUCGCUUCGUGUACUCUGGCUUUCCCACGUUUCCUUGAUGUGUGUUGCCGUUAAUAAGUUCAUAAUAUAAAUCAAUUGUCGUUCAAUUUGUGUAAGUGCAAACAACCUUGAAACGACUGAUUUCAUCGACAAGCAAUAGCAAUAAAGGAUGUCACGAUCAAGUCACAGCAAUAAAGCGGAUCGACGAGACACGUACCGAGGCAAUAAGGAAGAUAGACACGAAAGAAACAACGACUCUCACAGAGAGAGAUUGCAAGGAGAGAAAAGCAGAGACAGAGAUAACAGAAGCAACAGGCGCGAUUACUCCAGAAGAGACGACGAGAAGCAAAACGAUAAGAAAAGGCACGAGAGAUCACCUCCUCCCAGAAGAGAUAAUAGUCAUUUUAGACACCGAGAUAAAAAUGAAAGGAGCAGAAGUAGAGAUAGAAAAGAUGAUUCUGGAAGAAGACGCGGUGAUUAUCAAUAUAGACAGAAGAAAAGUCCCGAAGAAGUAAAAGUAAAAAGAGAACCGUCACCUGUGUGGGGCAAAUCGAAUGUUGACAAUGAGAAUAAAUUAAAGCAGCAAGAAAAAGAAAAACCCAACUUUGAGCUGUCGGGCAAAUUGACAGAAGAUCAGAAUACCGUCAAUGGAGUGGUCAUUAAGUACUCUGAGCCGCAAGAUGCCAGGAAGCCUAAACGCAGAUGGAGAUUAUAUCCUUUCAAAGGAGAAAAAGCAUUACCUACGUUGUAUAUUCAUCGGCAAUCAGCUUAUCUCAUGGGCAGAGAUAGAAAAGUUGCAGAUAUACCCUUAGAUCAUCCUUCUUGCUCUAAACAACAUGCUGUUUUGCAGUAUCGACUGGUAUCUUAUAAAAAAGAAGGAGGUGGCGAGGGUAGAAGAAUACGACCAUAUAUCAUAGACUUGGAAUCUGCAAAUGGUACAUUUGUAAAUAAUGUUAAAUUAGAACCGAGAAGAUUUCACGAGUUGUUAGAAAAAGAUGUGAUAAAGUUUGGAUUCAGCAGUAGAGAAUAUGUUCUAUUACAUGAACACAGCAAAGAUGAUUCUUUGGACGAUGAUGUACCUCUUACAAAUGAAACAACAUAACCUUUCUAAGUAAGCAAUUUUGUUAUCUAAAAUUGUAUUAUACAUUUUUUAAGAUAUAUAUAUAUACACACACACACACACACAAUCUUUAUAUAAAAGGUAUUCUCUUUUUAAAUUUUAGAAACUUUCUAAUGCAACAAGAUGUCUACUGAUAAAAAUUCAUAAAGAUAUUUGCUGUUAAUAGAAAAAAAAAAACACACUCUCAUCUAAUCAAUCAUUCGUUAUUAUUAGUUGCACUUUUAAAUCUUAUUUUGUCAAAUCAUAGUAGUCUUUCUUUAUAAGCGUGUCUAUGAAGUUGUAGGAGUAGAUUUAUAGCUGGUUUCUAGUUCGUGUUGAUAAAAAUAUAUAUAUAAAGGAAAACUUAAUUCAGAAUUAACUUAUAAAAAGAGACUACUGUACUUUGUAUUGCUCUAUACAAAAUAAAUUCAAAUAUGUUCUAAUUGCCCGAACAAUAUUAUAAACAUUCAUAUAUUGUAUAUACACACAAUUUCUAUUUUAUUAAACUUAAGAGUGAUACAUAUUGGUAUUUUGACAAUUUAAGGUAAAAAAAAAAAAAAAAAACCAUAAAUAAUUAAAAAUCUAAUGGAAUUAAACACGUAGAUAAAGGAGACGCUCGAAGAAAUUUGUAAAUAAUGUAAAAAGUAGUAGUAUAUAAGUACACAUACUUAUCUAUAAAAUUGUUCAAUAAAUAUAUAUUAUUUGUAAGAGUAA